AGCCUCAGGCGCAAAUAAUGGCCAAAGGGGAUAUUUAUGUUAAAACGGGCAGCGUUCUCACAUUGAACUGCCGUAUGUCUCAAGGGCCACAUGACUUGGGAACGGUGGCUUGGUUUCGUGACAACCAACCGGUCGUGACGUCCGCGAGAAGUGAGAAUGACGUUGACCAACAGCCACGAAUCACUGUCGAGACUGAAUGGAGCGAAGCUCUUGAAUCGAGAUUAAAGAUUUUCUCGGCGAGAGUGACCGACUCGGGGAAUUACAGCUGUGUGCCAACUACUGCCAAAAGAGCCAGCGUCAUCGUUCACGUUAUCAAUGCUAUGAGACCUCGUGUCCGAAUACGAGGGCCUCUCAAGUCGUUUUCUGAAAUUAUUGAUCCCUAUGCUCGCCAUCGAUACUACAGGAAAUUACCCGCGCGAGCAAGGGCUACGACUGGCGAACAUCCUGCAGCGAUGCAACAUGGCAAUACUGCAGUGGGCAUGCCAACAUCCGGCGCGUACCUAUUGCUCGCACUUAUCAUCGGCCAGUUCAGA